UUGACAGGUCAACUAAUGUGGAGCAGAAAUUGGGACACUGGACAGUCCUAGCUUGACUUGUGAAGUCAUGUUCUAACUUGCCAUCCUAAAUCAGCCUCUGCUUGUAGCCAGAUAUCCCCUUUUUUUUGAAAAAUCAAGCUUUGUGUUCUUUCUUCUGCUUGUUCUCUUCUGAUAAAGUUUUAUCAGAUCUUGACAACUUGAAAAAAAAAAACUAGUUUGGCUUGACUAGUGAAAACUAACUACAUAACAUGGAAAGGGGAAAAGAAAAAGAAGCAAACAACUCAUCGGUGUCAUUUGCUGUAAUUCACAAGGACAUUGUCAAGCUUCUUGAUUUCAUAGAGAAGUUGAAUGAUGGAUGUAUUCAAAUUCCAGUUCUUAACAUGGAUCAAAUUGAAGAGCUGACAUCGGAGCUGACAUUUGUGUCCGCAUUUUUUCAUCAAUAUUACUAUUUCGAUUCGGAAGGUUGUAAUGCUGAAAGCAUGUCUUGCAUAUCAAUUGCGAUUCAUGAUCUGGUUCAGUCAAUUUUUCGUCGGAGUGGUGUACACAUGCUGAUUAAAUUAAAGCAUCAUAACGUUCUUCAGCUCUUGGAAAAUAUCAAAAGUUAUAUUAGCUCACAUAGAUAUGCUGAAUCAAGUCAUAUGACCAUGACAGAGGAUCGUUUGGUUGAACUUUUGGAUGUCAUCGUCAUGUAUCUUAGGUAUCUACCCAAGUGUUGUUCUAAGUUAUUUCUAUCAUCGAUGACUCAAUAUGAGCUUCUUGAGAAUGUAUGUGGCAAUGUAAGAGAUUUCCAUGGGUUGAAAAUAAAUGGUUGUGUUGAGUAUGAGACGAUUGAAUAUGUCUUACCUCAGCUUCAACUUAUGGCUCAGAGAGUAGUCAACUUCUGUUUGACUCUUUUGGAUUAUCGUCUUAAGGAAAGAGAUGAAUUAGACAUUUCUCAAUUUAAUUCCAAGCUAGCUAAUCUGCUUGUGGAGAUUAUACCUGUUGAACUGGAGGUUAUGCACAUAUGUUCUACAAAUUUGAUAGCUUCAAAGUCGGCAGAAGUUGGAUGCUUCAUUAAGAAGCUCCAAGAAGCCUCUCCGGGCAUCCUUAGAGAAUCUCUGGUUCAUCUACAACAGCACAUGGUUAAUGCUAUUACUCCUAGCACUUCAUUGGGCAACAUUCAUGUCAUGAUAGAGUUCCUAUUGAUUAUUCUUACUGAUGUACCCAAGGAUGUUAUUCGUCAUGACAAAUUGUUUGUUCUAUUGGCACGUGUUGGAGCACUUAUUAGGGAGGUAGCCAUUCUCGUUCGUAACUUAGAAGAAAACUCAAUGGAUGAAGAUAAUGUGCAUGAAACAAGCAGUGCAAGUCAAAACUUUCUGGAAAAUAUUGAACUUCUGAAGGAAGAUCUCCAACAUGUCUUCUUGAAAGCCGCUGCAAAUUCAUCUCAACUUUGCUUCCCCAUGAGCGAUGGACCGCUAUUCAUGACUCUUCUACUCAGAAAUUUAAACGACUUGCUCAAUUCGAAUGCUUAUUCAGUUGCUUUGAUAAAGGAAGAAAUUGGUCGGGUGAAGGAAGACCUAGAAUGUAUAAGAUCGUUCUUCGGGAAAGUUGAGCAAGAAUUAAAUAGAGAUCUCUGGGCUCGUGUGCUAGACGUGGCAUAUGAGGCGGAACAUGCCAUAAACUCAAUUCUUGCCAGAGAUUAUGGUCUGUUGCAUCUUAUCUUCCUACUUCCUGAUACCGUAGAAAAGAUCAAGCGUGUCAAAAAAGAGGUACAAGAGAAGAUCUCCAAGAAAAAAAGUGUCAUUUUUACAAACUGCCCCAACAAGCCAGUUGAGAACACGUCAUCAAUAGCUGGCAAAAUAAUUGUAGGUUUUGAGGAGGAGAUAGAGUGGAUAAUUAGGAAGCUCACUAGAGGACCAACUCAGAUAGAUGUCGUUUCCAUAGUCGGCAUGCCAGGGAUUGGAAAAACUACUUUGGCUUACAGAGUAUAUAAUGAUAAGUCUGUUGUUGGUCAUUUCGAUGUUCGUGCUUGGUGCACAGUCGACCAGGAGCGUAAUGAGAAAAAGUUGUUGCAGAAAAUUUUCAAUCAAGUUACUGGUUUGAAAGGAAAUUUCAUUGAGGACGGCAUAGAAAAUGACGUUGCUGAUAAGCUACGGAAACAUCUGUUUGGAAAGAGGUACCUUAUUGUGUUAGAUGACUUGUGGGAUACUGCAACAUGGGAUGAGCUAACAAGGCCAUUAUAUACCAUUCCAUCUGAAUUUCAGAAAGGAAGCAGAGUUAUUUUAACAAGUCGAAAAAAGGAAGUGGCUUUGCAUGGAAAAUGCCACAGUGCUCCUCUUGAUCUUCGAUUGCUAAGACCAGAAGAAAGUUGGGAGUUGUUAGAGAAAAGGGUAUUCGGAGAAGACCAUUGCCCUGAUGAACUAAAGGAUGUUGGAGAAAAAAUAGCCCGAAAGUGUGAUGGGCUUCCUUUGGUACUUGAUUUGAUCGGCGGAGUCAUUUCAAGGAAGGAAAACAAAGAGGCUUUGUGGCUUGAAGUUCUCAAUAAUUUGAGUUCCUUUAUUUUUAACGAUGGAGAGGAAGUGAUGAAGGUUAUACAAUUAAGUUAUGACCAUUUGUCAGAUCACCUAAAGCCGUGCUUUCUGUACCUUGCAAGUUAUCCAAAGGACAAAGAUAUUGAUAUCUCUUUGUUGAAACAAUUAUGGAGUGAUGAAGGACUUGUGGAACCAACUGAUUUGAAGAGUGUGGAAGAAGUAAUGGAGGUUUAUGUGGACGAGUUAAUUUUUAGUAGCUUGGUAAUAGUGAGAGGUGGUAGGCACACAAGUUACCAAAUUCAUGAUCUUGUGCAUGAUUUUUGUUCGAUAAAAGCUAGAAAGGAAAAGUUGUUUGACUUGGCCAGUUCAAUUUUUCUGCCUUCAUCCUCUUCUUCACAUCUGAUGCUGCGUAGAAGGACCAUUAUUUAUAAUGAAUACCCUCAUUCGGGUGAUACUUCUUCUUUGUUCAGUCCAGAAAAGAGAAAUCUUUAUAUUAAACACCUCCUCUCUUUGAAGAUAUACGGUGGACUCUCCAAAGUUCUUCCCCACAGCUGUCACCUAAGAGCCCUGAGGCUUCUUAAAAGGUUGGAUCUGUCGGGUAGAAUCUUGACAGAAAAGGGAACUUUUCUGAAUGAAAUAGGCAUGCUUGUUCAUUUGAGGUGCUUAAGGAUUCAGAUGCAGGCAAAAGCUCCAUCAUUUUCAAAUCUGUGCAAUCUAGAAACUCUGGAGGUGAGAAACAGUGGAUCAUCAAACAUGGUAUUAUCCCCUACUAUCUGGAGUCUUUCAAAGCUACGAGAUGUGGACAUCAAAACUUGUUCUGUCUUUGAUUCGGAUAUUGACAAACCAACAAAGUUAGAGAAUCUGACAUCAUUAAAGUUUCUCAAGCUUUCCUGUUUGGUAGACUCUGAGGAUAUUUUCAAAAGGUUUCCCAAUCUUCGAAACCUUCGAUUCCACAUCAAUUGUUCAGCAGCAGAGCAGAUAUAUUUUCCAAGAUUGGAUGUACUUAAUAAACUUGAAAGUGUUAAUGCUUCAUUUAAGUGCUUUCUGCAUACACAUGUAUAUCAGUUUGAUUUUCACUUCCCUUUGGGCUUGAAAGAAGUGAUAUUGUAUGGGUUCGAUCUGACAUCAGAUGCACUGUCAAGAAUUGGGAGAUCACUUCCCAACCUUCAAAAGCUGGACUUAAUACGCGCAAGAAUCCAUUUUGGAAAGGAAUGGAACAUGGAACGAGUCACCUUCCAGAAUCUCAAAUUGCUGAGAUUGUAUGAUGUGUCUUUUUCUGAAUGGCAGGUUAUUGCAGAUGAAUCCUUUCCCUUGCUCGAGGAAUUAGAAAUAAAAUAUUGUAGUGAGCUUACAGAGAUCCCAGAAAGUUUUGGGGAUAUUGCUUCAUUAAAGUUAAUCUCAGUGUGGAAAAACCCUCGGCUUAAAGAGUCGGCACUUAAGAUUAAGGAAUAUGUUGAAGAAAUUAUGGGAGAAGACAAGCUUGAGGUACUCGGUUCUUGAUUGGUUGUCAAUUCAUGAUUUUAUAGAAGAACUAUAUUAGUUGAUAUGAUGAGAAAAUGGGAUACACUUUUUGUACGUCAAAUAGCUAGUUGAUCUAUGUCGUGUGAAAUAGAUAGUUGCUUUGUAAUUUUAGUGAUAAAGUUUGAUUUCCCUUAACCUUCUUAUCUUCUUUCUGCCUCAACACUGUUGCCAGGCAUGUACGUAUGUAUACCACUGAUAUUAUUUUGAUUCUUUUCACUCUUUA